GCGACGCCGGCCGUCGCCGGGGGCCGGGGGGGGAGGCCCCCCCCAACCGAAGCCCUGACCCCCGGGGAAAGAUGCUGCUGUCCAAGUUCGGGUCCCUCGCCCACCUGUGCGGCCCCGCCGCCGUGGACCACCUGCCCGUCAAGAUCCUGCAGCCAGGCAAAGUGGAGCGGGAGCCGUUCGAGAAGGUGUACCAGGUGGGCACCGUGCUGGGCAGCGGAGGCUUUGGCACCGUCUACGCCGGGAGUCGCAUCGCCGACGGGCUGCCGGUGGCAGUGAAACAUGUGGUGAAGGAGCGGGUGACGGAGUGGGGCACCAUCGGCGGCACGGUGGUACCCCUGGAGGUGGUGCUGCUCAAGCGGGCGGGCGCCGGCUGCCGCGGCGUCAUCAAGCUGCUGGACUGGUACGAGCGGGCGGACGGCUUCCUCCUGGUCAUGGAGCGGCCCGAGCUGGCCAAGGACCUGUUCGACUUCAUCACGGAGAAGGGCGCCCUGGACGAGGAGGUGGCCCGCGGCUUCUUCGCCCAGGUGCUGCAGGCCGUCCACCACUGCUACAGCUGCGGCGUGGUCCACCGCGACAUCAAGGACGAGAACCUCCUGGUCGACCUGCGCACCGGCGAGCUCAAGCUCAUCGACUUCGGCUCCGGCGCCCUGCUCAAGGACACCGUCUACACCGACUUCGACGGCACCAGAGUGUACAGCCCCCCGGAGUGGAUCCGCUCGCAUCGAUACCACGGCCGCUCGGCCACGGUGUGGUCCCUGGGCGUGCUGCUCUACGACAUGGUGUGCGGGGACAUCCCCUUCGAGCAGGACGAGGAGAUCCUGCGGGGGCGGCUCUAUUUCCGGAGAAGGGUCUCCGCCGAGUGCCAGCAGCUGAUCAAGUGGUGCCUGUCGCUGAGACCCUCGGACCGGCCGACCCUGGAGCAGAUCUUCGACCACGCGUGGAUGUGCCGGCCGGAGGGCGGGAAGCCGGGGGGCUGCGAGAUCCACCUGCGGGCCAUCGACCCCGACGCCUCCAGCACCAGCUCCAGCAACGAGAGCCUGUGAGGGGCCGGGGGAGCCUCCCCCGGCCCCUCCGGGGACCCCCGGGGGAGGGCCAGGGAGACCGGACACCCGGACG